AAUAUCUGUUUUCUGAGCUGGCAUGGGUUGGAUGGGUUAGUCUGAUAAUUGAGUAAUUAUGGAUCGUAAAUGUGACUUAUCUGCUUCAGAGAAAUCUGUUAUUACUUCUGAACUUGCAAAAGGUAAAUCAAAAUUAGAAAUACCGAAAAUAAUUGGAAGAUAUCACUAAACUAUGAACAAAUUUGGUACAGCUCCUACGAAGAUACUUAAGAGAGCCAACAAGGAUCAGUCAAGGGCUGUUUCUCAAUGUUCUCUGUCACAAAUUAAGCAUGAAGCUAAAAAGAAGCUAAGUCUUACAAGUGGAGAGCUUUUCAAGCGCAUUGGCAUAACACCUGCAUCCAGAACUACCUGAUGUCGUCCCCUGAAAAACGUCUGUAAACCAGUGAUAUCCUCCUUCAAACAAAAUCAUCUGAAAUAGGCAGAAGAUAACAUGAAGCAGGGCUUUUCAAAAGUUUUGUAUAUGGAUGAAACCCGGGCCACUCUUGAUCGACCUGAUGGCCUGUGCAAGGGAUGGGCUGUAAAUGGACAAGACCAUCAUCAACACUUGAGAUGCCAACAAGGAGGAGGAGGCAUCAUGAUUUAGGCUGGUAUUUUUGGAGAUAUUAUGGUUGAUCCUUGGAAAAUGCCUGAUGGUGUUAAACUGACUGCAAAUGCUUACAUAACCUUUCUGAGAGAACACUUUGAUCUUUGGUUCAAAAAAACAAAGGAUCACCUUCAAGGCAACCAUAAUGUUCAUGCAAGAUAAUAUGUCCUCACACUCAGCAAAAAAACUACAGAGUAUCUGCAACAGUUAGGCCUCGGUGGACCUCAAAAUAUGAAGUGGUCUGCCUGCCUGUUCCUCUGACUGAAACCCAAUAGGAAACUUGUGGAGUAUUCUAAUGCCAUGCGUUUACAAGAAAGGACACCAAUUUAAGAGCAAGGAUGACCUAUGGCAGGCAAUAGUGGAUGUAUCUUAUGGAAUGAAAUCAGAGAUCCAGAAACUAGCAUGUUCCAUGGAUUUGUGCCUUUUCCAACUUAUUUGAAACACAGGCUCAUGCAUCCCUUACUAACCAGCUCAUCAAUCAUUUUUGAAUGCUGUUUGUUUGUUUAUUUCUAUUUCUUCCAUGUUUAUGACUGUAUGUGUUCAUUCCAGUGUGUACAUCAAACAAUUGUUUGAACCUUAUCCUCUGGGCAGCAUCUUGCGCUUUAACCGAGGAAGCUACGACCAUUAUGCAAUUUAUGCCGGUUUGGGCUCUGUAAUUCAUUACAGUGGAGAAGCAGACAUGAAGACACAAUAUGACGCAAAGGUCCGUCGCGAGAGUUUGAGUGCAGUGGCGGCGGGCAGCCCUGUGACGGUGGCCAACAUCCACGACGAAGAAACCCAGCCUUUCGGCAGGUGUGACAUCGUGAGAAGGGCUCAGUCGAGGAUCGGCGAAUACAAAUACAGUAUAUUGAGCAACAAUUGCGAACACUUCGUUAAUUGGUGCCGAUAUGGCAAACAUUUUAGUUCACAAGUGAACGACAAACUUAGAUCGGCGACCAGGUAUGUACUGAGAACUGACUUGUAGUAAUUAAGUUGAAAAAAAAAAUUUUUUUCAAAGCAACUAGCAAAACUCCACAUCAAUUUUGGAAGGUUUGACCCUCAGAACCAAAUCAUCAAUCUCUCCAUCAUAUUCUCUCGAAGAGGGAAACUGAGGAGCAUCAAUUUUACAUAUACAUACAUACGUACGUACGUACACAUACACACAUAUGUACAUACAUAUAUUCUCUGUUUAUUUCCUCGCGUUCCUUUCUGUUAAAGAGCGUAGGCUCGAAACGUAAAGACUUUCUCUCUUUACCGAGCGUCAAUCUAAUACACCUGCUGUCUUCGUCUUCUGUUUUUUCUGUAAAUUUCAACUAUAUAUAUACAUAUACACCUUACACUCACAUGCUCAACCCCACCGUCAAAUUAACAUAAACCACUUUUUAUAAGCUUUAUACCACGUUGCUGCGUCUACGUUAUAUAUAAUGUAUACAGACACAUAUACAAACAUAGCGUUGUUAGGUGGUCCCAAACAUGAACCACUUGUAAUAAUCCUCACACCCAAGUUGCCCGGUGUUUAUAUGUAUACAUAUAUAUAUAAUCCACCUGUCGGAUUAAAAAAAGAAUCUCUUCUAAAUCCAAACCAACAAUUAUAGAAUUAUUAACAAUUAAGGAAUGGAAUUCCUUAAACAAACCCCUCUUAAAGGUUACCGAUGUGCGACAACAGCAUGGUUGGUGGUAUGUUUUUCUUCUUUUCUCUCAAAUUUACCAUUGUUGUUUCAAUAAGAGUUGAGUGAAUAUUUGAACAAUACGUCUUCGAAUGAAUUUAAGGAUGAAAAAUAUUUAUUAUUCAUUAUUCAUCAUGUGAACAAGAAUAACAAGAAUGCUGUUGAUAUUUUUCUCACCGUAACCACCCCGGUAAUUCGGUGUGUGUUUAAUUAAUGUCACUAGUAUGUUGUUGCUUUCAUUUAAAACAAAACAAACUAAAACUGAUUAAAAAAAAACAUGAAGUAUUAACUAAUAAUAAUCAAGGACCGCUAAAAAUUCCUAAAAGUUGUUGAGGUUAGCAAUUAAUACAUGUUCCCUGCCAAAAUACCAAUGUCGUAUUCUGGUGAAUACGAUAAACAACACGUACGAUCUCAGAUAAUAAAAUUAUAUAUUUUUUAUGAUUAAAAAAAAUAGUAAUGAUGAUGAUUUUUUUUUUUAAAUGUCGAUAAUUAAACGUGUAAAGAAGA